UCUCCUACACUGGUACUCAGGCUCAUUUACACAAGUUAGCUUUCAAGCUGAGACUACAUACACAGCUAGAAUCCUAAAUAUUGCUCUACAAUUCUAAAAUAUUAUCAGGACCAGUUCUUCUUGUCAUCAUCAUCAUCAUCAUCAUCGUCACCAUCAUUUAUGUUCCAGGUGCUGGACUUCACAAACAACCUAUCGAAGAGGGAGUGUAAAAGAGUCACCUGAGGGAUUGUUGUUGUCUCAAGCAAGAGCCAAAAGAUCGAUUUGACAGAGCUUAUGUCAAGCUACAGCAACAGAGGAUUUUUCAACCCUGCCUACCAUGACAGCGAGACUCUGGAAAUUGAUAAAAGGUCUCCGAGAAAAACCCAUCAUACCAAUCCAUAUGCCGGGGACGAAAGGGUCUGGAGAGGUGAGAGAGCAGAGACUCAUCAGUCAUCUAUUGGUCAGACCAGUAGUCAAGAUGUUACAGGGAGAGUGCCCUGGGGGGGUUGGCAGGAGGAGAGCUGGAGGGGGAGAGAAAGUAUUCCCAUGGGUCUCCUCUCGAUACGCCCUGAGAGUCCUGCACAACAACACAACCUCAGUCACAGUACGUUUCAGAUCACCUCUGACUCCCAGUAUGACCGAUCACUGUCUGUUCGACUAUCUUCUCCACUGUCAGGUAACAUGACGAUGAGAUGGAGGGGAAUCACAAUGAGAAGGAUGAGUAUGUUUCCCAACACAGAUCCUGAACACCUUUUCAUCACAGAGGAUGCCAUCAGGAAUGAGAUGGAAAACGAGGAACAGAACCUGGUCAAAGAACUUGUCGCCAAGUCAACACGAGACAGAAUUCGGGCCAUUCGAGAUCUUCCAAUGAGCUUUGAUGAGAAGAAACAUAUCAGGAGCCAAGUACUGGCAUUCAAAUCCUCCAAGCAGUCUCGUCAGUUCACUUGUUUUGCAGAGUGUUCUGAGACUGUGUCCUUGUCCUUUCGUAGGUGGGGCUACAACAUAAGGUCAGCUCGGCAGACCCUGGAGCUGUGGCACAGCAUCAUGAAAGAGAUCGGUGGAAGGUUCGGCACCAGUGUUCUCAUCUAUUUCAUAUUCCUCAAGUGGCUGCUCAUGUUCAACAUAUUCUCCUUCCUGGUCAACUUUGGCUUCAUCACCAUCCCACUGCUUGUUUAUGACCACUCACCCAACAUACCUCCAAAUACACAUUUCAGAGGACUAGAAAUUUUAACUGGAGCUGGUUACUUCAACUACACUGUCAUGUACUACGGCAGCUACAGCAAUGAAACCUUGUUUGGUCUGGUGGAGUACGACAUGCAGCUGGCCUAUUUCUUCACGAUAGCGGUUUACAUGGUGCUCUGUGGUAUUGCACUUAUCUUCAGUAUGGCGAGCACAUUCAAGAAAAACUAUGUACUAGCAGACCCAGCUUCAAGCAGUGCGUGGCAGCUUCUGUGCAGCUGGGACUUUAGUAUAACCAAUGAAAGAGCUGUGAAGCAGCGAAAAAGCAACCUCCGCAUCCAACUCAAGGAAUCCUUGUCAGAAAAUGCCCAGGGUGACCUUCUCACUCUCUCUGAAAAGCUGAAGCGCUUUGGGGUUUAUUUGGGCUCUUGGCUGCUCUCCACCAGUCUGGCUGUUGGCUGUGCAGCGAGCAUCUACUUUCUCUGCCAAUAUGAACAGCAACGUGUGUCAGAUGCUACCAACUGGUCUCUACUUCAAGAGGCAGAGACUCUUCUCGUUCCCUUUGUAGUGUCUCUGAUGAACAUGGUCAUCCCACUUUUUUACUCACUCUUCAAUAAGUUUGAGCACUACUCGAGCCAGCGCAGACAGAUCUACGCUUUAGUGGUCAGAAACGUCUUACUCAGGAUGUUCAUUCUGGGUGUGUUGUGUUACUACUGGAUGAAUGAGGUGGCAAAAAAGUUUUCGUGUUGGGAGUCCAUGGUAGGACAGGCUUUGUACCGUCUGGUCAUCGUUGACUUCCUCUUUCUGAUGUUGGGAUCGUUUUUUGGAGAGUUUCUCAGCAAUGUGCUUGGAACCAGAUUAUUACCACGCUUGGGAGUUCCAGAGUUUGACGUGGCUCGAAAUGUUCUGGAACUAAUCUAUGCACAGACUCUGGCCUGGAUCGGUAUCUACUUCUCUCCUCUCCUGCCUGCUAUCCAGAUUCUUAAAUUUUUCAUCCUGUUUUACCUAAAGAAGUUGAGCCUCACCCAGAAUUGCCAACCUCCACGGAGAUCAGGAAGAGCAGCUCAAAUGCAAACCAUCUUCAUCGCCCUCCUCUUCUUCCCUUUCUUUGUGGGAGCCCUCUCCAUUGUUGCAUACACAUGCUGGAGUCUGACUCCUUCAGAGCAAUGUGGUCCUUUUCGGGGGCUCAACAAUACCUUCAGUGUGGUGGGGGUCUGGAUAGAUAAUCUAGAGGAGAUCCCCGGGUCUCAGUGGGCUAUUUGGAUUUACCAAAAUGUGAUCAGGAGCGAAAUCUUCUACUUCCUUAUCACACUCAUCAUCCUUGUCAUCAUAUACAUCUUCUGGCAAAUCACUCAGGGACGCAAGCAGCUCAUUGGUGUUCUAAAACAACAGAUUGUCAAUGAGGGCAAGGACAAAACCUUCUUGUUAGACAAGCUCCAGAGCCUCCAGAAAUCUCAGCCUAACAAAAAAAGCAAACACAAACAUCCAAAAAAGAACAAAACAAAGCACCAUUCAGAUAACCACUCCUCGGGUGGUCAGUCCAACUCAAAUGCGAUGGUUCAGGUUUUACUUGCUCGUCAGCAGCUUGAAGAGGAGGAGGAUAGGCGCCACACUGGUGGAGUUCCUGUUCCCUCAGACAUCUCCACCUCUAGUGCUCUGAUACAGGCCAUGACGGCCCGCCAGACAGCUGAACAACAGGAAGAUUUGUAUGAUAAACACCUAUCAUCUUCAAGCGCUCUUGUACAGACCAGACAGAGAACUGAGGUUCAAGACGUUCAGGAUGACUUCACCAGAGGAGAUUUCUCUGAUUAUUCUACGAACAGUUCCAGUGCAGUGGCUCAGGCAAUGCAAGCCAGACAAAGAGCAGAGGAUGAUGCAGGGCAUGAGACUCCAGCUUCAGUGACGAGUGUAAUGAUGCAAGUGAUGCAAGCCAGGCAGAGGGCAGAGGAAGAGGAGGAGAGGGUACAGUGGGUUCCUGCUCCUUCACAGAACCCAGCCCCUGCGGGCUCCAGCGCCCUCAUACAGGCCAUGUUGGCCCGACAGCAGGCCCAGAGCGAGUAUGACGAUGGUUACUGAGCAGGGGAGUCUGACUUUAGAACCUAACCAAAAUAAAACUAAAAAGAGCACCAGAUUUAACAUAGUUGACAUUAUAGUUUUAGAUUUUGCAGCAGUGUAAAAUCCAGAAAUCACUGUUCUUUCAAUCCAACUGUAUAUGCAAACAGCAAAUUCAGAUUGAGAGACACUGUAGCAAGGCUAUAAGAGAGUGCAGGUCCACCUCUUUACGCACCUUUUUUUUGGUUAUAUUUUAAUGGUACAUUUUUAUGACAGUCUUUAAAGCUUUGUGUGAUAUAAGGAAUAUCACAAAUAAACACUAAAGCCUGAUUUGUGCCAUUACUACUCCAAGUUGUGCAUCAUAAACACAUCUCUAUUGUUGUCAGUUACAUGUAGCACUGUAAUAUCAAAUAUGAUCCAUGUGAAAUGUAUGCAAAAUAAAUAAAAGACAAUAUGAAAUGAAAUAAAAUAAAAUAAAACCCUGAAUGCCAAAAAGAAAGUGAGACACCACAACCAAUAAGACAGUCACCUACAUUUGUGAUCACUUGUAAUUUUGUGUCCAUGUUGUGACAGUUGAAGUAACACUGCCCUCUGUUGGCAUUUGGCAGACAGUGCAUAACAGCCAGGAUUUGAUAUGUUGACUGAGCUGUUUAUUCAUUGUUCUCAAGUAUAAGUCUGAUAAAACUAAAUUAAUUCUGAAGAUUCUCUGUUUUGAGAUUCAUCACAUUUCACUUUAACCCAUAAAGACCCAAACAGCCACCAUCAAUUAAAGCCAUCUACUGAUCUAAACUGUUUA